UCUGCUUGGCUUUCCACCUCACUCGAUCCGCUCCCUCUCUCGCAACCAACUGCUUCCCCCCCUCUCUCUGCGGAUCAGCCGGACUCUCUGCAGUGGAGCACCCGUCAUCCAUCGACAGCGAAGGCGAAAACACAGGGAAGCGACCUCACAUGUCAAAGACCGCCUAAUCGGCUUUCAUAAACGUUUUCCACCGACCCCGACACCUCGACGGCGUUCGCUUCGACACCCACUUCUCUGCCUGUGAAGACUACGCUACCAACAGAAUGGGAAAUGAAGCUAGUUACCCCCUUGAGAUGUGCUCGCACUUUGACGCUGAUGAGAUUAAGAGACUAGGUAAGCGCUUUAAGAAGCUCGACCUGGAUAACUCUGGCUCGCUCAGCGUGGAGGAGUUCAUGUCUCUGCCCGAGCUCCAGCAGAACCCCCUGGUGCAGCGGGUCAUAGACAUAUUCGACACGGACGGCAACGGGGAGGUGGACUUCAAAGAAUUCAUUGAGGGGGUGUCCCAGUUCAGCGUGAAAGGAGACAAGGAACAGAAACUACGCUUCGCUUUCCGCAUCUACGACAUGGAUAAGGACGGCUACAUAUCCAACGGGGAGCUGUUCCAGGUGCUGAAGAUGAUGGUGGGCAACAAUCUCAAGGACACGCAGCUGCAGCAGAUCGUAGACAAGACCAUCAUCAACGCCGACAAGGACGGGGACGGCAGGAUAUCCUUCGAGGAGUUCUGUGCGGUGGUGGGCGGUCUAGACAUUCACAAAAAGAUGGUGGUGGAUGUGUGAUCUUCCCUCCUCUCUUCCUUUCUCCCUCUAUCUUGCUCUCGCUCUCUUUUUUUCUCUGUACCUCUCUCUCUUUCUCUCUCUCUCCCUCUUUCUCUCUCUCUCUCGCUCCAUGGACGAGGCCUCCUGCCUUUUGGUCCAGCCCUCACCGUCUCCUCUCUCGUCUUCUGCUCGUCUCCUCUGCAUUUUGUUGUUGAGGACAAUUUGCUUAAGAGGUGUUCACCAAGAAACAAACAAAAAAAGAUGACAAAAAAUCAAGGGAUUUUUUUUUCUUUUGUUAUUUUGUCUUCGCAUUUUUUCCCCUCCGCCUCUCCCUCCAAGCCCUCUAUAAGUUUUGUGUGAAGUUGCUUUCUUUUUUUUCUUUCUUUUUUUUUCUCUCCUCCCCUCUGCUUGUAACUCUGUUAGGCCAACGUCAUUGUGAUACACCUCCUCCUUCUCCUCCUCCUCCUCCCUUUCCUCUUCCUCUCUUUCAUCCCUUCUUCUCACCAAGGUAGUUGGACUCAACACAAGGACCCAUUAACACACAAAAAAAAGAAACGGAGGACCCGCUUUCUAUCGUUGAGCGAGCAUUUCAUUUCGAGGCGUUUUAGAAAUAUGGAAAGGGAAGCUUAGUUGUAUUUCUGUGUGCGCGUCGUCCACACAUGUAUGGGCGUGCGCGUACGUGCGUGUGUGUAUUGUAUGUGUAUGUGCAUUUGGAUGGUGCCGUAUGAUUGUGCUGUAUGAUUUUUUUCUGUUGUUUUUGAGGGGAUGGGGAGGGAUUAUCUCAAAAAAAAUAUUUAUUUUGGUCUGUUUUUUAUGCGAGGAAGAUCUAUCUAUCUACAGGGAAUAAUUAAAAUAAAUAAAUGAAUAUGAAUAAAUAAAUAUAUAUAUAUAUACAGUAGUUAGGUGGGGAAGAGAGAAUGUGAUGUACUUGAUUUCAACACGACUUCAAAACAAAGGACAGCGCAUGAAGUGCCAACCAAUCAGACAGAAGCUAGUUCUAGUGGGGUUUUUUGUUUGUUUUUUUUAUUUUAUUUAAGAUGCUGAUUUGACUAUAUAUUUCAGUGAUUGGCAACCUGGAUGCAGAGUUUCACAAUCCACUGCCAUAUAUUCGUAAUGUUUUUUUUGUUUUUUUUUAACCUGGGGUGCAUUUCUCAACAGCAUCGCUACUAAUAAGUUAGCAACUUACUUGGUUGCAAUGCAACUUACCAUAGCAACCUAAGUUGCUAACUGUUGAGCAACCCUCCCCUGUCCAAUUCAACAGGAUGUUUCUCCUUAUUGGACAGGUAAUACUGGUAAUCACUUGGAAUAUGUGGCACUGGAUUGUAAAACUUCUGAAUCCAGGUUGUCCAUUAGUAAUCUAGACCAGCGUUUCUCAACUGGUGGGUCGCGACCCAAAAGUGGGUCGCGGAGGGGUCAUGGGUGGGUCGCGGGGCCUUGGUGUAAAAAACGAAAUUCUAAAAAAAAAAAAAAUCCAACUUUUCCUGCAAAAAUUUACAACUUUUAUUUUGAUAGGCUAGUGAACUCCCUGUCAUCUGUCGUCAUAAAUACAAUCUGAAUGUUUAUGCGAGAUAGAUAGCGUGCAACCAGUCAUUCGAGUCUUGGUUACAUUUUGAGAAUUGCAUUGAAUUGACUUGAACGCUAAAAAAAUUGGGUCGCGACCGAAUGAGAGUGGAAAAUGGUGGGUCCCAAGACUGUUCCAGUUGAGAACCACUGAUCUAGACCGUGCUUCAUCUGGAUAUUAGUGAUUGAUGUAACGCUGCAGAGGUUUGACAAAAGGCAGUACUUCAGAUUUGUUUGUUUUUUUCCUUGUCUCUUCAAUUUGCUUUUUUUGCGCUUCUCUCUACACGGCUCAGCAAAACAUUGCAGGUUUGACAUUAGCUUUAGAAAUAACACACUCUCACGUAAACUUUAUCUUUUUCUGUUUCUGUCAUAAACACACACGCACACAAAACAACACACACACACACUGAAGAGCUAAAAGAAAACAACAGAAAUGUCUUUUUUGUAAUAUGGGGAUUGUACGCUAUAUUUAUAUUGUCAGGGAGCUCCAUCUGCCCUCUUGCUUUCAGAUGCUCUGUAGAGUAGAGAUAAAUAAGAAGAAAAAAAAGAUUUAAUUAAAUAUUUAAAUUUGUGCGCAUAACAAGGCGUAUCGUUUACCUUCUUUGUUUUUUGGAGACAGGUCGUUCUUUGUGUAACUGGUAAAUUUGAUUUUGUCUUGUUUUUUUUGUUUUGUUUUGUUUUUGUUGGGGUUUUUUUCCGUGAAUGGUUUCCACUAAUUAAAGGUAACAGGAAUAGUGCCAUCAGUUUGAAACAUCUUGACGUAUACUUUCAUUAGCCUUUUUUUUGGACACAGUAAUUUUUUUUGUUCCACUCUUAUUUAAGACAAAAAAAAUGUUGAAUAGCUACAUAUUAUCACAACUUGAGAAACCUUCACGAACGUCACCUAGUUUGUGAAACAAACCAAAAAUGGGCAUCAAGAGAAAAUCUGUAUUUUUCUUUCUGUAUUAUUUUCCAUGAUUAGGCUAGUUCUCUGACCUCCCAGCUGGGGGCAGCAUUGCACGGGUGAUCUUAUGUGUAUAUUAGGCAUAUGGAUAUUAUAUGUGAACGCUGGGACGCUGUUGUGUUGUUGUGACUGACAGACAUUACAGACAGGGGCCCGCUUGACUUGUAACCACGUGUGUAAUGUUUAUUAAACAUGGCAUCAACACAAAAGCGGGUCGAAAAGCCUUCCGUUUCACCCCUUACGUCCGAAAAAUAAAACUAACGAGACUGUCUUGCUUCGACUGUUUUUAAACAAACUGUAGGGAAAAAGGGGGGCGCGACUAGGGUAAAAAAAAAAAAAAGAUAAGAAAACAAACCUCAUCGUGAAUAAUACGAAAAACAAUAGUCACGUUAACUGUUUUCUGGAUGUUGUUACUUGCUUGCCUGGAUGCUCUCGUGUCAUGGACCGCCAGUGUGUGUGGGGGCAUAUGACGACUUACAUAGUUGAUGCAUCCACAAAGGCUAUACAGUGCUAAGGCUUGACCCGCCAUUGUGCAUCAAUGCAUAGCUAGACCGGUGCGUCUUCUCAACUUUUGAUACUUGAGUCGUGUGACAUGCAUUGUCAAUGGGGGCGAUACUUUGUAGACCCUACGUUGUGGAGAAUGCGGUAACGUGCGUAAAUAAUAGCUCGCGUUGCUACCUCGGCGACUACCUAAGGGCCCCGUGAUGUGCGUGGGCUUCUUAGAGUCAGCCAGAGACGCACGUUAACGGUGGUGCCCGCUCGUGCCAGUUGUCUCGAGUUUUUUUUUUUUCCCGCGUAAAUUUUGCUGCGUUCAUUCAUUCAACACUUUAAAAGGUCAAAUUUAACACCAUUAGCGUCGACCCUACUGAUUUUGUGUUGAAUCAACUCGACGCGCAACAUUUACUGUGUUCCGAGUUUUGCAACGUUAACGCAACGCUUUAGAGAGUCCGAUUUAAUACCGUUAGUGUUGGCCCUACACCAGUGGUCUCCAAAUGGCGGCCCAUGGGCCAGAUCCGGACUGAACACGGGAAACAUUUGGCCCGCCAUGAGGUUGGAACAAAUGAAAACACAUAUGUGCUAUCUGUGGCCGUACAGUCAGGCGAUUUGUUUGGCCCUCCGCCUCAUUUGCGCUACAUAAUUUGGCCCUUGGGAGGGGGAAAUAAUUGGAGACCACUGCUUUAGAGAGUCCAAUUUAACACCGUUAGUGUUGGCCCUACACUCUCAAGUGUUGAGUCAACUCUGUAAAACGUUACUGUGUUUCCGAGUGCUGCACGACGAUGGCUCUUCUGUGUUUUCCCUCCGAAGCCCGACGUCACACAGGCGGGUCUCAAAUCCUGUGAUUGCAUGAUAUGGAGGAUGUCUCUCUCUCUCUCUCUCUCUCUCUCUCUCUCUCUCUCUUUCUCUCCCUCUCUCUCUCUCUUUCUGUCUUUCUUUUAUUUUCUAUUCUGUUGAUUUUUUUUUCUUCUGUAUGCAUGUAGAUCCGAUUUUUGAAGAGCGCCUCUUGUUUACAUAUGAAUCGUAAUGUUAAUAUAAUAUGAAUGACAAUGACAAAUGAACAUAUUAGUACGUGGAUGUUGCCAAACCUCUUUUUGGUUUAAUGUUUAAGAAAAAAAAAGUAUGGACAAAUGAUAAAUAAAAAAACAAGUAACUCCACUUACAUAUAUUCACCAUUUAUAGUGAUAAAAAAACAAUUAUAAUCUUUUUCUGGAUCAGCGUCACAUGAUGAAUAAUUUAAAAUAAAAAACUUAAUUUAAAAAAAAAAAACAAUCAGCAAAGCUUGUGUCCCUGACAACUGCCAGAUGCCGUUUCGAGGGGAAAACAUUUUUUUUGUACAGAAAAAUAUUUGUUACAAAACACGUAGCCUAUGAAUGCUAUCCCUAUCUUUAUUGCUUUUUUUUUUUAAAGGUCCGUCCUCCUGAGUUUUAUUUUCUUCUCUUUUUAGAGAGAAGACGAAAAACGGGAUUCUAAAAUCGGAAGGGCGUGUUGUGUUUUGGUGGUGGUGCUGGUGAUGGGCUAAGGGCUUUUAAAAAAACAAAAGAUGAAAAAAAAAAUGGUUUCAGUCUGAAUUAUACAGUUUUUGUUUUUUAUUUUAUUUUUUGUUUUUUUUGUUUGUUUUUUUUCCUCUCCUACAUGUUUGCAUGCUGCGUCAUAUGCCGUGGGAACCACUGAAACUUCAUACAUGAAAAUUGAGAAAUAAAAAAUAUUUGAAACUUGU